GAGAGGGAGAGUCCGGGCGCAGAGCGCGGAGCGGCGGGGAGAGGAGGCGCAGCGAGCCGCGGGGAGCCGCAGAGGAGAGGUCCAGUGAUGCUGCUGCCGCGGACCUCCGUCCGGUCCGCACUCCUCAUCCUCCUCCUCCUCCUCUUCAUCCUGCUGCAGACGCCGGGACGCUGCCAGGCGGCCGCCCGGCACCGGGGCUCCGCUCCCCAGGCGGAGGCGCGCAGGGGCCGCAACAGCCUGGCGCAGCUGGUCGCCCGGUACCGGAGGGGCCCGGUGGGCUUCAGCGGGCACGAAGCGGCGGGUCCGAAACGGCCGAGCCGGUCGAACCACGAAGGUCGCCUCAGUGACCCGAAGCACAAGGAGAAGAUCAUCACACACCUAACAGGUCCUCUUUACUUCAAACCUCAGUGCCGGAAACAGUUCCACCGACUCUACAACAACACCAGGGACUGCACGGUUCCUGCCUUUUAUAAAAGAUGUGCUCGUCUGCUGACUCAACUGGCCAAGAGCCCUCGCUGUGCCGAGAGAUAAACAGACCGCGAGAUGCCUGUGGACAGGAAGUGGUUUCCCCUACGGCCUGUGGACAGGAAGUGGUUUCCCCUACGGCCUGUGGACAGGAAGUGGUCGCCGUACGCCAUGUUGGUUCCCUCUGAUGACCAACAGUAGACGUCUUGAAGACAAAAGAAACUUGAUGUCAAAGUUCAAACCAUUCGCAGCACAGAACAGUCUCCACCAUUGGGAUGAACUCGUUCAGUUCGCCUGUUUCUCUUCUCUCUCUCGGACCCACAGACUCUGAAUCUUCCACCUUGCGCCUUAAACAGCUCAUGAAAUGUUGACACCAGCUUAUCUCCUCUCUGCUGCCUUCCAGAGCAACUGGAACCAGUGGCUUUACUGGUUUCUGAUGGACCGUCUGCUCUGGAAACAAACCUGGGACAUUUUAUCAGAGUUUGACUUGUUUUGGACGAUGGACCAUGAGCUGAACCAUUGAUGACCAGUGAACCAUUAGGGUUCAAAGGUCAUCAGUUCAUUGAAAUAAAGCUAUUCCAGUAUAUUUAUAUUGUUCAAACUGACUCCCUCUGUGCAAUAUGUACAUACUGAAAGAGGAAUAAAGACACGUUUGAUAAAUGUU